AUGGGCGACUACGAGGAGUGUGGCGAAUUCCAGGCCGUGUGUAUCAACGCUGGAGAUGACGAAGGCGCCGAUAUAACUUUUGAAUACAACGGCAAACGCAUCACUGUGUCACUCUUCGCAAGCUCCUCCUGCCAAGCAAGUGGGAAUUCGCAGCACGAAAACUACAUCGAAGAUCGGUUGAUCCGCCUUUUAAACCAAGCUGUCACUGCCGAUGACGAAGAUUAUGACGAGCUCGUGGACGAGGCAUCCGACGUUAUCCUUGGCCUUGGAAAGAUUCUCUUCUCGCAGGUGGCGCCACCACUGCCUGUUUCCAUCCUCUCCGAUCAAGACUUGCACUCGCAUCUCUAUCCUAAGACUCUCAACUUUCGCCUCGAAACCGUCGAUAAUAAAGCCGUCAUCUUCCCCAUCAGCCCAGACGACACAAUCUCGCUCCCAGAUACUGCUCCGGAUCCUGAUUUGGAGACUGAUUUCCAAGCUGACAGCAUAAUCCCUCAGUACUCUUCCAGAGAGGUCAUCAUUCAACGUGUCUUUGCCAGCGGGAACAAUACUGUCAGCAAAGUUCAGGUCGGUUCUCAAACUAUGCUGUGCAAGGCUCACAGGGCAGGACUUCAGGACCCAAACCUUAAACAAGAGCUAGUCAGCGUACAGAAAAUAAGGGAGGCUGGCAUUAAUUCUCGCGCGCAAAUUCGCGUCCCAAGCCUUCAAGGAUAUGUCAGACAUGCCGAUUCAGGAGCAAUCAUCGGACUGCUGCGUGAUUUUAUCCUGUCUGGCGUCUACGGCGGCACCUUACGCGAUGUAGAUGUGUCUGCUGUGCCAAAGGAAAUGAGACGGAAGUGGGCAAAUCAAAUACGCGAGACUGUGGAUGAGCUACAUGAGGCUGGAGUAGUUUGGGGAGAUGGGAAGGCGUCUAAUGUAGUCAUGGAUCAGAGUGACAACGCCUGGCUUAUUGACUUUGCGGGUGGGUGGUCGAAAGGAUGGGUGGAUGAGGAGCUGGCUGGCAGCAAAGAGGGUGAUAAGCAGGCCGUUAGAAAGAUAUCAGAAUUCUUGAGCGUGGCCUGA